AUUAUAUAUUGUUUUGAAGGAUGUAUAUUUCUAAUCCUAUUAAAACUGUAGAAAAGGUCAAAUUAUUAAAAUGGUGGACUUGAUGAAGUUUAUUUUUUUACUUUUUGGAGUGAGUACCGCUGUUGGUGAAAGGUGUUUCUAUGAAGACGGUUCACGGUAUGGGGAUUUCAUGCUAUGUCCUGGUUCAUGCUGUGGGACAAGCAUAGAUCCAUGUUGUGUGGAUUCUGGGUCUGUGAUUGCUUUUACAACAGGCGUUAUCGUAUGUGCAGUAUUGGUAUUUGUAUGCAUUGCAGUAUGUUGUAUACAAAAAUAUCAGAAAAAAAGACGGAACCUACCAACGCAGAGAGGAAUACCGCAAAUUCAGACAGUCAGCAAUCAAUUCCAUGAAUUUAAUACAACUGAGAAUGGACAACUUGAUGUGCCACCUCGUUAUAGUGAACUGUAUCCCGUUCCUAGUUUAUCCGAUCAGAAUUCUAUAGAUAGAUCCAGACAAAAUUCGGUAGGAAACCGAAGCUUAAGUUCAAUCAAUAGAAAUAGUGAUCUACGAAGGCCUUUAAGACGUAGUAGGAAUUCUGGAUCGGCUGCUCAAACUGAAAAUUCUUCUACAGAAACAAAUCAAAACAAUGUACCAUCUCCAACGUUACAGGAGAGUGAUAAUAAAACAAACGAAGACCACGGACAGAUCUCAACCAUUAAUGUUUCUGAAAACCCUAGCAAAUUGAAAAAUAAUGACACACAUAGUGAUGAUAAUUUAGCUGUAGGAAAUUCAGAUGACACUGGACGUUCAAGUUUUAUGACAUCCAUUGUGGAAACUUUGCCUAGCGUGUUCGAAAGUGAUAAAUAAUAACUUUGGACUUUAUAUUUGUUAUACAUGUUUGUGAUUUUAAUAUUCUUCCAGUAAAGUGUUCAAAAGAAAAUAUUCAAUACUGAGUCAAAAUAUGAGAUGUACCGUUCACUGCCGCAAGAUUGUUACGCGACUUUGUCUCAUGAAUAUGACGUCUCGACAAAAAAGCUUGUGCAUUUUCGAAACAAAUCCAAGAACUACAUAUUACUUAAGUUAUGUCAUGUUCGGGAAAUUGUGCAUUCUUGUGGUUAUUAUGUAUUAUUUGAUUUUAAUUUAUUUCACAUAUAUACUCUCUAAAACUAAAGACACGAAUUUACAACUAUUUCACAUAAUUGAGUUCAUGUAAAAUUAUUGUAUAGUCAAUUGUUUAAAGUAUAAAAAAUAUUACCGUUCUGUCGGAGAGAAAGAUACGUGAUACAUGUAUGUCAUAUGAUAUGUCAUAGACAAAUAUUGCG